GUGCUAUGAGUGGCAGAGAACCCUAAAUGGCUAAGGUGGAGUGUAUUGGUCACAUACUGAUUUUCCCUUAUCCAGCACAGGGCCAUGUCAACUCCAUGCUCAAACUUGCCCACCUUUUAGAUCUUGCCAACUUCCAUAUCACUUUCUUUGUCUCCUCCAACAUUCACGCUCGCCUUCUGGCUCUCACCGACGUCGACUCCGGCCGUUUCAGCCCCCGUUUCCGCCUCCAGAGCUUCCCUCCCGGAAUCUAUGACGGUGGUAUCGAUUCAAAGGAAGGAGCCUUAGAGCUCUAUCACUCCCUGCACACAAUAGGGAAGCCAUUCUUGAAGCAAUAUAUAGCCCAGAAUCGCGAUUCCGGCCUGCCCUUCACCUGCUUCAUCUCGGAUUUAGUGCUUAGCAUCGCCUUAGAGGUUAGCGAACAAUCUUUCAAUCUUCCGGUUUACUAUUUCUGUGUAAUCAGCGCCUGCGGCUUCUGGGCUUACUUCUCCUUGCCUGAUCUCUUCGAAGCCGGUGAGCUACCCAUCAAAGAGAAUGGAUUGGAAUCAUCAAUAACAAAGGUGAAGGGCAUGGAAGAUUUUCUGAGGGCUAGAGAUCUUCCAUCCUGUUGCAGAUACGAGGAAGAAGGCCCGACAAGAAUUAUCUAUACCGAAACCCGGCGUGCGGUUAAAGCUCGAGCGCUCAUACUCAACACUUUCGAAGACCUGGAGGGACCAAUACUAUCCCAAAUCAGAACCAAAUGUCCUAAAGUUUACACAAUCGGACCACUCCAUGCCCGUGUCAAGGCCACCCUAGCUUCAAAAUCCACCCACUCAAACAGCCUUUUGCAAGAAGAUGAGACCUGCAUGGCUUGGUUGGACUCACAAGAGCCAAAAUCAGUGAUCUACGUGAGCUUUGGAAGCAUCUCUGUGCUUACAAGGCAGCAAUUGAUGGAGUUCUGGUAUGGUCUGGUUAAUAGUGGGAAGAAAUUCUUGUGGGUUAUGAGGCCUGAUUUGGUUGCAGGGAAAGAUGAGGAAACCCCAAUUCCUUCAGAGCUAGAAGAGGGCACAAAAGCAAAUGGGUACAUUAUAGGUUGGGCCCCACAAGAGGCCGUCCUGGACCAUCCCGCUGUCGGAGGGUUUUUAACUCAUUCUGGAUGGAACUCUACACUGGAAAGUAUAGCCGCCGGGGUGCCUAUGAUUUGCUGGCCAUUUUUUGCCGAUCAACAGACAAAUAGUCGGUUUGUGGGAGAGGUUUGGAAGCUAGGAAUGGACAUGAAAGAUGUGUGUGAUAGAAGCAGUGUGGAGAAAUUAAUCAGAGAAUUGAUGGAGAAGAGGAAGGGUGAGUUCUUGGAGAGGGCUGAAAAUAUGGUUAAGUUAGCAAAAGAAGCUAUCAGUGAAGGAGGAUCAUCUUACUGCAAUUUUGAUUGUCUGAUUCAAGAUAUCAUUAAGCUUAAUGAAUCUAUGAGCGAGGAAGACACUGUAAAAUGUGCUGGUUAAUUUCCCACUGGAUUUUAAUUUGUUCCAUUUUAAUCACAUCGUCCUUACCUGCAUGCUUCAGUAUGUAGUACGUCCAUAGGGCCUCCACAAGACAUUGCUUUUCCUCUUUUGUCGUUUUCUCUAUUACCAUCUUUCACUGCAUGAGUCAUCACUUAUUUGUCUCUA